GAAGUGUCCUUGGCAGCGGGCUCUGUUGGACAGUCAGGGAUGAGCACCAUCCUCAUGGACUCGAAGGAGAACAAAGGACACCCUGGAAACUCGUUGAUGAAGGAUAUCGUCCCUCUGGGGCCUGAGGAAUCUGCCAUGGAGGUGGUCUUGAAGAAGAUCCGGGAGCUCUCUGAUUCGGACCACCGAGACCCCUUCAUGGUGGGCGACCUGGGAGUGUUGGUUAGCCGCCACCAGGCCUUCUGCCAGGCCCUGCCAAGGGUCUCGCCCUUCUAUGCGGUGAAGUGUAACAGCAGCCCGGUGCUGCUGCGUGUCCUGGCCGCCCUGGGCACCGGCUUCGACUGUGCCAGCCAGGGGGAGCUGGAGCAGGUGCUGGGCCUGGGCGUGGCCCCCUCACGCAUCAUCUAUGCCCACCCCUGCAAGCCCGUCUCCCACCUGCAGUAUGCUGCCCGCCAUGGGGUGCAGCUCCUGACCUUCGACAGUGAGGAGGAGCUGACCAAGGUGGCCCAGCACCACCCUGGGGCCAGGCUGGUCCUUCGACUGUGGACCGAGGACAGCCAGAGCCUCAUCCCCAUGAGCGCCAAGUUUGGGGCCAGCCUGGAGCUGUGUGGACACUUGCUCAAGUCCGCCCGAGACCUAGGCCUGGCUGUGGUGGGAGCCAGCUUCCACGUGGGCUCGGGCUGCCAGAAUCCCCACAGCUUCGCACAGGCCAUCGCUGACAGCCGGCGGGUGUUCGAGAUGGGCCGUGGGGUCGGGCAUGACAUGAGCAUCCUGGACAUUGGAGGGGGCUUCCCCGGAGUUGAGGGCUCUGAGCCGGAGUUUGAGGAGAUGGCGAGAGUGAUCAAUGCUGCCCUGGCCCAGGACUUCCCCGAGGGGACCGGCAUUGAAGUCAUAGCGGAGCCAGGCCGCUUCUACGCGGCACCUGUCUGCGUGGCCGCUGUCAACAUCAUCGCCAAGAAGGCUGUGCUGCAGCCUGGUGGGUGGGCCCGGACUGGNUACUAUCUCAACGAGGGCCACUAUGGCACCUUUCGCUCCUUCCUCAGAGAUCAUGUCCCCAGGAUGCCAAUUGUGGUGAAGGAGCUCUGCUCAAAGCCGCCCCUCUUCCCCUGCAUCCUUUAUGGUCCCACGUGCACUGCCUUUGACACGUUCUACAAUGAGGAGGUGCAGCUGCCUGAGCUGGACGUGGGUGACUGGCUCAUCUUCCCCUCCAUGGGCGCCUACAGUUCGGUCAUGAGCUCCACCUUCAAUGGCUUCCCGCCUGCGACCAUCUGCUACAUCAUGGGACCUGAGCUCAGGUAUCUGAGGAGAGCUCAAGGAUCUGAACUUGGCCCAGAGAGCUGA